AUGUUCCUGCUGGGACUUGAAGACCCCUGCGACUUCCCCUGCUUUCUCCCAGGAAUACGUGCAGACCGCCCGGCAGAAUCUCGAAAGUUCCGGGCUACAACAAUAUUGACGAAAGACAUACCGUCAACCUGCAUAAAUGCUUUGUAUGGCCCGAGGAGCCUCGAACCUCAAAGCGCAAUGGCAAACUUGAGAAGCGGCAGGCUUCUGACCUGCUUUUACUGCGGCAAACGGUCAUCAACAAGAUACGAUGGCCUGAUUUCGGAAUUUCUCUGCCUAAAAUGCGACGCGACAAACUAUCUGGACGAGCGCGGAGACAUCACCGAUCCUCCAGUAGCCAAGACCACCUCAGCGCCUGCUGCGACGACGUACGCGAUACCGCGAUCUCAGUCCCCCGACUUCAGUACUCCAUCACAGAGCAUUUUCUGCCCGACAUGUCUCAAGAACCAGCAUCUGUUCACCAGCUCCCUGGCACAAUACCUGCCUGAAGACCCAGACCACCCCGACUAUGCCGAGCUCGAGAGAAAUAUGUACAAGUUCCGUCGACGACUCGAACAGCGAUACCCUCAGAUAUGCGCCCAGUGCGAGCCCAAAGUUCAAGCUCAGCUGGAUCAGGCCGGCUACACGGCGCGGACCGACCAUCUACGACGCAUGAUGGAUAGGAGCAGGAAAGUCAGGGUCGCUCCAAAACAAUUAACCUCGCUAGAUAUUGCGGCUAAGAUGGGAAAGUGGCUCUGGUUUGGUGGUAUUUCUUGCCAAUACCUGUGGCAUGUCGCAUCCUUGGCUGCUGUCUUUGCGACGCAAUAUGAUGAAGGGCCAAUGCGAGACCCAGACGCGGAUGCCGAAAGCACAAUGGUACAGAGACUUUCACUUGCUCUUACACUGCUUCUUCCUCGGCCUGAGAGACUGAUACACUGGAGUCUAUGGACCAAUGCUGUGAGCAUCUGGUGGAACCCCAAAUUCGUUCAGGUCUUCCGUGGCUUCUCUCGUCAUAUCCUGGGCUUGUCACACUGGUACACCUUUCAGGGGCUCAUCAUCUUCACUCGAUUUCUUGCCAUGAGAAUGACCGAAAUGAAAGGCGGGCGAUCAGCCGAAGGAAGUGCCCAGAUGAGCCUCCAUGGACUGAUGGCUGUGUUGAUGCUAGCUAUAUACAUACUUGCCCAACGAUCCGUACGUGUCGACAUGACACCGCUAUUCCAGAACACCGGAACACCAGCUGCGUCACCACCAAGACCGCAAACGGCGCAAGCUCGAGAGGACGACAACAAGAACAUGGCGAAUCUUCUGGACGACAUUCUAGCCGAGUCCAGCCCGAGGCCAGGGAUUCCUCCAAGUCCAACGAGCGUUGGCUCAGCAUCACCAGCACUCUUCCAGCGGGAAUUGCAGCACAGAUCGAGCAACCGGAAUAUUGGCAUCAACACUCCGCAAAAGCUGCCUCAGCCCCAGUAUUCGGAGGAAAUGGAUUGGUCUCCGACACAAUCCAAACACCGGGCCUUCAACGACUUUGGACCCCCAAAGGCACCGAACCAGGUGUUUGGGCAACCUGAUUCAGGCCCCAACUCGAGCCCGUUCUGGUACAAGGUUCCUCCCGCGCCGAUAACACCGGCGCAAAAGCUUCGCAACGGUCCCAAGGUGUUGACGAAACCGGUGGAGAAAAAGUCAAUCUUCACAACCGGCAGGACGGAUGCGUCCAAAUCGCGGGGCGAGGACGCGAGCAGCGACACGGGCAAGGUGGCAUUUGCGCAACCCACGUUCUUCGCGCCCUCGGCAAUGUCGAACCCCAGUGAUCCACGCAGCUCCUUGGCCGAUCUGCUCAAUUCGAGUUUCACGCUGAGCCUAGACGACGAUGAAGAAGAGGGAGAGACGUCGGCGGCAACGAAGACGGAAACAGGAAAUAGGUACGCCGAGCUUGCGAACCCCGGACCUUCGGCACGAACGGCUGGUCUGCGUAACAAUCGCUUACUGGACGUUUUCACCUUGGCGAUCCUCCUCGGCGCGUGGCUCCAUGCGACAUCUGCGUCAUACCCGUAUAGCCGGGACGUAAUGUUUGGCGCCAUGCUCCUGAGUAUGGCUAUUGCCAUUCACCUCACCAGCGACGCAAUCAGGGACAUGCGCAACGAGAAUACGCCCAGCUUGGCGUCCAUUAUCAACACGUCGCUCGGGAUAGGAGAGCUGGCGGUGGCAUGUCACUUUGCGCUCCAAAUAUGGGGUGAUCGGACGCCGACGUCCGGAUUGCACGGCGCGUCGGUCAUUGGAGCGAUACUCGCGCAUGAGAUGUGGAAUGCUGCUUGCUAG